UUGUUAUAAUGUCAUGAAUAACAAUACCCAGGGAUGAAUAUUAUACUACCAAUGCAAUGAAAAGAUCGUAUUUCAGUCUGUUUUGACAGCAAGGAAGCAACAAACAAACGCAUUUAGAUCUGGACAACUGAAGCUUUCUGCAAACGAAGGCAAACCUUUGAAGAAGGCCAAUCGUGGCACUGCGCUGCGGCUAACCCUUACUCUAAGAAACAUGGAAGGCGAUCAAGUACUUCUUAGAUACUAUGUCUUCGUGAUAGGGAUCUUUACUACACUUCCAAGUAUUUCUAGAGGUAACACUCUAACCUGUGUUCAAGGAGUCUAUAUUUUUAGUAGUCUGGCCCCUUUGGAAAAAUUUUUUUUUUCGGUACAUUCCUAAAGCUACCAUUUUUUCCUUUUGUCUUUUGAACAGCUUUCAGCCAAGGUUCCAUUAACAACUUUGUCUAUGUCAACUUCAUGAUUAGUGAAUUUUCCUACCUCAAUAUCACAAGUAUUGGACGGAAUCUCAUUGAAGAAGAAAACGAUUGUGGCUACACCUGUUUAGAAGAUUCCUCAUGUUUUUCCUACAACGUGGCUGCCUUCCCUGAUGUCAACGGCAAACUUCUGUGUGAACUCCUCCCAUCGGACAAAUAUAACAACUCGGAUAAGUUCAACGCCAGCGAAGAGUUUCAUCAUUUUUAUAUUCCGGUGAGUCAAACUACUUAUUUAUCACAACUUUUUCAUUUGGAGGAUAAUAAAUGACCCUCUCAUUUGUCUCCCUAGUUAUGAAGUUUCGGAAGUUAGCAUUUGUAAAUAAGACACGUAUCUCUUUGCUUGGAGAAUCAGUCUCCAACUGAUGCACUGAUCGACCUGUGCUUCAAAUGGAAAAGAAAACAGGUUUGCUAGGGAAUUCGCCUUUAAGCCAUGAAAAAAGGGGGGGGGGAUGGAAAAAAAAAAGAAAACAAACGCCAAGAGCGUUUUCCAGUGGUAAUACGCCUGCCUACUUCUAAUGAAACAAACGCUGACAUACUUCAUGAAAUUAAAAUUGCUAUUACCUUCGAAUGUCAGGCAGGUUCAAAUAAUCUUCCAAACAAAAUAUUUGCCUUGAGAACUACUCAAAGUUCAAUUAUACAUCUUAUUGUUUUAGCCUUCGGCGCCAUUAACUUGCAUUGAUACACCUGUCUUAUCGCAAUCUGACCGAUAUACUAUCCCUUAUUUCUCUCACAAAAAUUGUCCAAAUUAUUUUCUAUUGUGGAACAAAAUUGUCAUCAGCACAAGGUCUUGAAAUUCGGUGGUAUGGCCACAAAUUUAGGUCAUAAAACAGAAUUCAGGUCUGAGCCCUGUCUGAAUUCACGUCUGAGCCCUGUUUAAAUAAGCUGUGGUAAAAUAUAUUGUACGCCGCUGUCGGUUCUUAAUAAUUAAUAAAUUGACAUCACUGAAUAUAGGAAACAAAAUAAAAGGAGAAGAAGAAACUAAUUAAGAUUCAAGCGAACUUGUAUUUCAUAACUUAAUAGAUUUACAAUAGGAUGAAGGGUCAGUUGUUAACCUCUUCUAAUGACUACAAGAAAACUGCUCUUGUUUUCUUUACUUAAAGUGAACUAAGACCAGGUUAAUUUAAUUCCAUUAUGAUAAAAUCACAGUGUGUCUCUUGUCCCGCUUAUAGUUGAUAUUACUGUUGUAGUUAAUUUUUUAUUUCAGUUAAUUUUUAUUUUUCCAUUGUUUUGGGGUAUGGUAAUGUAUGCUAAUGAAUUUAAAACAAAGGAAAAACAAAAAUUAACUGAAAUUAAAAAUUAACUGCAACAUUACCAUUAUAGCAACACAAAUAAGCUACUCGAAUACACACUUAAUACAGCAAAUUCGUAUUUCUGGCGGCUUGUUGAAAAAUAAAAUAACCUGUGAGACCAAAGGGGCUUAUUCGCUGUAUAGUGUUUGUCUUUCCUGUUUGAUAUUGCUAUUUAUAAAAUAACUGAGAUAGUACGCGUGAUCUGAUUGGUCAAAAACCUAUGGUUUAUUAUACUGGUAAACCCAUAGAGAGCAUAGAAAAAGGCAUCUGGGCCACGAGCCAUAAACAAAACCGGCUAUUGAUCUGCAAACAAUGAAUUUAGAAAUGUUAAAAAACAGAACAAGUUACUUACCCAGCACCUCUUAGUAUCAAAAGCAUUGGUUUCCACAUUUUAUUACUGCCAUAGCUUUAGAAGUAAUAAAGCACAAAGCUGGAAAGCAGUAUAUAUUUCACGACGAUGCCAAAUCGCAGAGAAAGACAACAACUGUGUGAAUUUCUGGUGUAGAACGUCGGGGGCACCCAACGUCAAUUUUCGGAAAAUAUCUGUUCGGAAGACGAUUUGACAUCUAGAAUUUUCGGAACAUUUGUUCUAAAAUUUCUUGCUUUCCUGCCUCUCCUAAGAUUUUCGAACAUCUAAAAAAUGGUAUAAUUUCCCAUUUUUAACGGAUUUUUACCCUAAAAAGGUCACCUAGAAUUUUCGGGAACCUUUUUUUUUGGCUGAAAUUUUCGAAAAGGUAAGUUUUAAUCCCUAUAAUUUUCGGAUCACUAGACUUUCAGCUAGGAAAUCCGAACAGAUGAGAAAUUUUUAGGGGAUAAAAAUAUGCCUAUAUCUACCGUUUAAAUACUAAAAUACGUUUAACAAUGCUAUGUUUAAGUGGUUUUGAACUAUAUUCUCGUUGGGUGCCCCCGGAACGUCUCCAGGAAAACUUAACCAUGCGCCAACCAGCAACAAAACGGAUAGUUUUAGCAUUCCUGAUUUAUUUUAUGUCAAAAUUAAUUUCCGGAAUGAAAGAAAUUGUUCCAAAAAGAGAUCUCUGAUCAAGAUAUGGUACAAAAUCGGCCGCUGUAGGUUGUAAACAAAACUGCCAACGAUGAUGAAAGAUGUCAGAGUUUUGGGCUGGUUUUUUCCAACAUUUGCACAAAUUAUUCGGGGAUAUCGAUGCCAUAACCUACCUCAAACCACCUGACUUUACAAAUCGACAAAUAUUAACGCCAAUAUGUGGCUACGGCAAACAAACCUUUGUCCCCGCUCUGUAUGUUGUUGGUCAAUAGCUUUCUUGCUAAUUGUGUAGCUCUUUGAAAUAUACCGACCCUUAAUGAAGAUUCUCACACAUAUUCCAUAUGAUAGGCGAGAUAAAAACAGGAAACGCAAGGUUCCAUGCUCUGAUUCAGUUCGAUUCAAACAGCUUUGAUCAAAACAUUCUCAGUUUUGAGAAUAUUUUAUGUUAAACCACAAAAAAGAAAAAAGAAAAGUUGGAAUUUUUCGCUUUUUCUCUUUCACCUCCCGCGUUCUAGCCUCCCACGCAGACGUUCUUAGGGGUUCGUCACACGUUCCUGACCCGCGUUCUCGUCUUUUUGUUGUUGUUGUUGUUAAGUAUCAAAACAACAACAAAAAAAGUCUCGUUAGUUAGAAUAAGCCUCGCCCUAAUUUUGUCUAUUCAAUCCUUAUUAUUGAUUAGUCAGUUGCUCUGUAAGUAUCUGCGCAUUAAAGGAUAUUAAGUGUAAUUAUGACAUUCAGUAUAAAAUAUAAUUACACGAGCUUAUUACAUGCUAACCGAAGAUAAUUUUAGCUUCUAACUGCGCUGAAUAUGAAAUUCAAAUUUCAGAUCAUCAGCGAUCAUUUUAGCUGUCGAGCAAAGUAGAAUCCUGAUGAAUUUUUGCAAGUGUUCACCGCUCAGUUCGUUCGCUUAGACACAGAUAUCACUAAAAACAUUUUUGCUAGCUGAAAAGUAAAUAAAGUCCGGAAGAUUCAUCGAUACUUUGUUAGCGUUUUGAGUAAAUAAAACAAUUAUUCCACUCGCACUUGCUCCGUCUGAGAUGAUUAUAGCCAACCCAUAUCCAACAACCGGCAGGUGGAAUAAUUGUGUUAAGAAGGAAUCCAUCAGGAAAUUGAGUAAUUUUUAUUUUCAGUGGACAAAAGCCUUGAACCAGAAUAAUUUAAACAAUAUCGCAUUCUGCUUUUACCUUUUAAAAAGGGCUAAAGAUGAAAUUAGUUAGACGUGUAAUAACACCAAAGAAAAUUUCUUAUGAUAGCACGAGAAAAUAAAUGUCAAAUUUCACAAAAUGGCAUCUUACACAUGACAUUUUCAGAGUUUUACCUUUGUUUUCACAUUUUUUUUUUUUGUAAAUUUGACAUUUAUUUAUCGGGCUCCCAUGAAAAAUAGUAUUUGUUGUUAUUACAGCUAACUAACUUGCAUAUAAAUAACCCGUGAAAAAUGUAAAAAAGAAAGCGAUUUUGUUUAAAUUAUUCUGGUACCAGGUUUUUUUGUCCACUAAAAAUUGAAAUUAUUCUAUUUCCUGAUGGAUUCCUUCUUAAUGCUACAUGUAACUAAAAGUUGGGGCUCAACUUGGCCGACGAAAGUCAAUAACUGAAUUUGCCGUAAAUUCAGCAUCUAGUCUAAUUUGGAUAAAUGUUAUGCGUCACGUUACUGGAUUUUUUUACUUUGACAUAAAAUCAUGGUCUUUACUUACAGCGGUAUCCUUUCCUUUGUGUAGUCUCCUUGUGACAGUUCGCCCUGUAAGAACACAGGAAAAUGUAUUUCGUUGUGCCAGGAAAAUGGAUAUAAGUGUAUCUGCGUGGAAGGAUUCACCGGAAAAGACUGCGAAACGAGUAAGAAAUAUAACUGAGUUGAAGCAAGGUUGCCGCUAAUAACACAAUCACAGGUGACACACUAUUAACGCACUUUGCAAGUGGGAACGGUUAUCAGCAUAAAGCUUUUGUACUGAUUUUAGGUAUUAUAUUAUUGACCUUUACUUCUUUGAGCUCACUCAUCCGACAAAGUUAAUGUCAUAUUAUGUUAUACCAACAGAAGUUUUUAUCCGGAAGCUCUAGGGUCCGCUGGAUAAUUAUAUGUUUUGCAAUUUUAUUGACCUCAAAUUCCUCUUGGUCCAUGAAAAUGCCGAAAAAAAAAGACUUGGCCAAUAAUAACGCAUUUAUCUUGGCCGAGCAAGUUUGGUGAUUAACGCAUACAUAUUUAUUUGUCGUUAUUUUUUUGUUAUACCGUAAAAUUCCGAAAAUAAGCCCCGGGGCUUAUAUAUUUCAAAGGGCCUUUUUGAGGGGCUUAUUUUUGGAGGGGCUUAUCUACGGAGGGAAAUUUGCGUUUCAAAAUCAAUUAGGCUUACCUUAUAGUUAGAAGUAAAUUUACCAUUUUUGCUUUGUUUUACUUUGUAUUUAAGACCUCGUGAAGAUAAGACGUGCUGAAAUGUCAACGCCUAUCGAUCACUUCAAAAACUUCAAAGGAAUUGGGUACAACCUUUGGGAUCAGUGAUUUCUGGGAUCGUUUGGGUGAGCAAGAGUUAAUUAUGAUUGGUCGAUGGUAUUCAGGUCAACCAUUCACCAAUCAUAAGAAACGCUUGUUUACCUAAAGAUCUAGAAAUCGUUGCGCUGAGCUGGUACCCUUUGCCACUAUAGUUCCUUUUAUAGGGAAUUAGAUAAGUGCCAAAAGCAGCCCAAAAUUGUUUUACGCAAGUUGUAAUUUACGGUUGAAAUCCCCGUGCAAGUGGACGCAACAUUGUUGGAUGUUAAGUGCUAAAAUAGCGUCCGUUUGCACAUUCUGUUGUAUGUCGUUGGUCGUUGCCUGUUAUUGGAGAUCAUUGCGCAAAGUUUAAAACUGAUCAAUCCAGCUGUCAAGCUUUAAGCCCCGUGCAAACAAACUCAAUAUUGUCGGCCAGCAGCUCCUAACAUUGUUGGGAGUUUUUGCGUCUGUUUGCGCGUGGUUUAAAUAUUGCAAUUUUUGGUCUCUGUAUUGCACUUUUGCAUUUCUUAACUUUUAUUAUUAGCGUGCUUCCUAAUUUUGAUGUGUGUUUUGAUAUCAUUCUGUUACAGACAUUAACGAGUGUAAAAGCAACCCUUGUCUCAACGACGGAACUUGCACUGACUUAGUCAACAGAUUCAAAUGCAGUUGUCCGCUUGAAUUUUUUGGGAAACGAUGUGAAACAAAAUCGAAAAAUGGAGGUGAGAAUCAUAAUUAUGGAUCAUGUAUGAUGUGUACCACAAACGAAUCAGCAAGUUGUACUUUGACAGGUUGCCAUCUAUAAAUUCAAGUAGUCCUUUUUUUUUUUAAAGGUGUUUCGAUGCAGUUUUUCAGAGGCCAGGAAACUGAUAUUAUUUUUUCCAUAGCUUUAAAAGUGAUUUUAUCGGUAUAUGAUCGCUAUAAAAUUUUCGCCAGCGAUUGACUAUAGAUUGAAAUUUGUCAAAAUGUAGGUUUUAGUAAAAUCGAUAUUACUAUGACAACAAUAAACAAAAACUUUGAAAUAAAUGAAAGCUGAAUUUUGCGCGAUCUAAACUGGCUACUGAAAAUCCAACACUAGGAACUUAAAGUUUGGUGUUUAGCAAAUAAACUCCGUUAGAAAUAAAAUGUGAUUUUCAAUAGCCGUCAUAGAUUAUUUAAUAAAAAUGUUACAAAUGACUCAAAUUAUUCUUAAGUAUCAUCAGAAUGCUGCUUAAUAUCAAAUUUCGUUGCUAGGAAAUUUGGGUGUAUUUUCUUUCUUGCGAUCUUGGAAACUAGCCCGUUUUUUCACCACCUGUCUAAGUGCAACUUCGUUCAAAAUCUGGACUUUUAGCAGAGUUUUGUGUAUCUCUGAAACGGCUCAAACGAAUUUUGUUUUUUAAAUCUCUUCAAAUAAUCUUCAUAAUGUAUAUAAUGUAUAUACCUUCAACCAAUUUUCAAAAAAAAGAAAAAAAACUGGUGUUCUUAUUGUUUUGUGUCCAAACCUUGUUUUCGCGAUUUUCAGUUCGCACCCUGAUUGGCCGGUUACCCUUCUGUCAAACUUCUCCAAUGUUAUAUUCAAGUAUAUCUUCCUAAAAUUAAAUCUCUUUCCUUACAGAGGGUCUAGUUUGAUUUCAUUUGUAUUUCCAAUGAUUUCCAGAGUGAGUCAGAAUUUCAAACUGUUUUCUUGUUUGACUAAAUGUCCACCUGAGAGUGUCUGCCGUCAGUUUUGCAAUAUGUCCAUGCACUUGCAACGUCAAUUGCAUUCAUUUUUCUGGGUUGUAGAUUCUUCUGCAGGCUAGUGCUUAUCUAAAAAGGGUUUACUACAAAAUCAUGUACCUCUCGUCCUCCUUUUGAGUUGGCUUGAUGGACGUUCCUUUGUCGCCUGCACAUACUUUCGAGGAAAGUUAUCCCUAAAAAAAUUGCGACACGUCUUCCCGCAAGUUUCGUGCACGGGGAUAGCUGGAUAUAAAAUGUCCCCAGCAAAUUUACACGACUGUGAAAAAAAUUAGUUGCAUUAUUAUAUGGCUGAGUCUGUUUUCGCCAUGCGAUUGGUCAAUUUGCGGUACGUAACUUGCUAUACGGACCAAAAUUUUUAAAGAAAAUGCUCAUUUCGGAGGUCUAAAUCUCUUUACCUGGGAAAAAAUGUUUAAAUAAAGUUAUAAAACGCCUGUCAACCUUGAGGACUUGGAUGUUGACUUUGGCCUUCAACAUUUUAACUGUGUUUAUUUGUGAACGAAGGCGAUGAAGAAACUAACUCGUAAUCUUAUCGAACAGGAUUCUAGUCAGUGUUUGAAAAUUUUAUCGUAGUACACAGUUAAGAAGACGACAAUCGACAGGCAGAGAUUCGAGAUGUUUUGCCUAAGAGAAAAUGAGUAAUUCCUUCAACAAAUAUGAUAACAAACAUACCUCCACCCGAUCAUCUUGACAAGCAUCUUUGCCAUUUGCAGUGUUUUUUCAAAGACCAACGAAAGAAAGAUAGAAGCGAGUUCGAGCCAGACACAAUUAUGUCCAGUUUUCAAAAGACUCCAGCGCCACAUUAACGAGUGAAUACUUACAGUGCUCUGAGUUUCCACCGAAUAAACUUUGAUAUAAGUAUGUGAACUCUGAGGACUGGGAUGUUGACUUUGCCUUCCCAAAUUUUAACCUGGCUCUGUUUUUAUGAGAACGAAGCUGGUGUAGAAACUGAUUCGUAACCUUACCGAGGAAGAGAAUUCUCGUUGGUGUUUAAAAAUUUUAACGCAGAUCACACUUGAAGACGAGAAUGAACUGGCAGAAAGAGAGGUUUUCCCAAAAACAAUUAACGAGCGAAUCCUUCGACAAUGACAACAAACUUACCUUGAAAAGUUUCUUUGCCUUUUGCAGUGUUUUUUUCAAAAGGACAAACGGAGGAAAGAUGGAAACGACUUCUAGACAGACACAACGUCCGUUCGGUUUCCAAAAUACUCCAGCGUUACAUUAAAGAGCUAAAACUUACAGUGCUCUUAGUUUUGACCGAAUAAACUUUUUUAACAUGGCAAAUUCGUUUUUACUUUCUCGGAAAGCCUUUGUUAUGUGCUAUUGUUUUCGUGCGCCAAUAAAAACUUUCUUUUUUGACGCCUGUCAAAUGACUUCCAAAUCGUGCGUCCUGCACUUGUUUCCGGUCCCCCAAACAGGAAGAAGCCAUAUAAUAAACAUCUUAUUAGCCUCGUUUUUUCGGUCCGUACUGUAAAUUACGGAUCCUCGUUUUUUUCCAUCGAUUUAUGCAUGGCCCCAAGCGCGAAUAAAUCGAUUGGAAAAAAACUCGGUCCGUAAUUUACCGUACGGACCGAAAACUCGGCUAAUAAGAGGUAUUUUUUCUCUUUCACCAUUAGAUGUUAUCUCAACUGUGGUAACACAGUUUCUUUCGCCUGCGAUUGGGAAUGACAGCAACUGGGCCCUGUGUUGGCAGACCUCCACUCAUGGCUGGGCUGUCAGUACCUUCCACAGCAGAUGUGAUGGGAAAAACCAUACGAUUACGAUCAUCAGAAAAGACCAGUACGUGUUCGGAGGAUACACUGAUAUUCCUUGGUGUAAGUGACUUUUUCGCCGGGGGCGGGGCAAUAAAAGGGACGGAGUCCGCAAAAUUAAUAUUAAACCCCUAAAGAAACCAAUCUGGAGUGGCUUAGGCUAUAUUUGACAAAUAAUAAAACAAGUAACCAAUUCCAGAACCAAUCAAGAGCUUUAAUGAUCAUGAAAUUGCCUUGUGCGAAAUAUAUCAAAAUUGAAUGCAGUAUUCGACACAAAAAGGCGGCCAGUAAGCUGCAACAACAACAACAAAAAAACACUGACUAGGACCGUACAGUACGUACGUGAAUACAGUCACUUUAGCUACGAUCACUUUAAGACCCUUCUAAAAACAGUUAAAUAUAGUUUAAUGUCCAAGUCACGACAUUUGAGAUAAAUAUGAACUUCGUUGACUUGUGUAUUGACAUGGUUUUGUCAGUAGACAUCUGGAGCUUGUAUGUUUUGGUUUGUUGAAUUAAAGUUAAAUUCAAUUGGGACCUUCACUGGGAAAAACAUAGCCUCCCACGCAGACGUUCUUAGGGGUUCGCCACGCGUUCCUGCCCCACACGAACCUCUAAGAACGUCUGCGUGGGAGGCUAGGAAAAACAUAAAACUUAAAGUGGUCUUUUAAGUGUCAUUUACGUACCAGUAAUACCUACAGGGGUUGCUGUUGCAAUAACCUUUUCUUUUAAGUAUUCUGUUUAACCAUUAUAUAGCGGAUGAAAGACUGGUAAGCCCAUAGCUAUAUCAAGUGAGUGAGUUGUUUGGCACAGUUAAGAAGCUCCUGCAGUAAAGGAAUUCCAUCUUUGUGGAUCUUGAACAGCCCUAAAAUUUGUGGGGGUGGGGAGAGAAGAGCCUGCUGUGUUAAGGAUAUCAAGGGGACCCAUCCACCCGCCCACUUUUAGGCGUGGUUCUCGGACGUUAGUAAAGAUUUUAACGUUUAUUCCACUCUUUGCAUUUUUCUUUAUGAAGUUUUAAUGAGUUAUCGGUUAAUAGUUAACAACGGGGCUUUAGAAAAAAGAAGGAAUCUUCUGGUACUGUUACUAGGUGCAGUAACGAUACCAGAAACAAUUACGGGACGCAUUGCGGCUCCAGUUCCCUUCUCGUUUCUAAAGUGGCGAAUUUAAGUUUGCUAAGAAAAUCCUUUCACGGCGGGUUUACAUCGUCUACGUAUAACUGCUCCAUUUCCGUGGCUCAUAAUAUCCAGAGGAGAUAGUCGGUGGUAAUUAACAAGCUUUCGGACCAUGUUUACCUGCACAGUCAACAAACAAUACGUACAGCUAAACCGCACAUAAAACGAUAUAGGAGGUGGUUCAAGGGGCAGUUCCGGGAAGGGGAUAAUAUCUUAUAUGACCUGUACGGGGAUGUGCCGCUGGACAGGGUAUGAUUUUCAUCGUCUCUGUCCUAAACAGGGCAAACAAUUUCUGGAAUGCUGGGAACGGUCGAGGUGUAAGGACGUGUACUUCGGUGCUCCGCCUUUUGGGGUGUUAUUCUUUGCAAUUCGAUGCCUCCAAAAAGGAAAGAUCGACCCAAAUCUUCUUCCUCGGACGCCUUUUCGCCCGAGUAAAAAAAAAAGAAGUUUUAUGAUUUAAAGCUCAAGGGUAAUGGUGGUUACUAAGGGAACUAGAAAGUAGGAGCAAUCGCUUUGCAUCUUCAAAAAUGUGUUUAUGGCGGAGCUCCGACCAAAUAGUCGUCCGGAUCGUACAAACAAUUAGACGCACUACCUAAAGGUCUUAGUUCGCACCAGCUUAUAACUUUCCAUUCCUAGUGAAAGAGCCCGUGUAUGCUAGUAGUGUAUUGUUUAUGCUCUCUCUGUAGUAGUAUAAUGUCCGUUUGUAGAAUCGAAGUCGCAGCAAUAGGUUUUUUUCUUUUUUUUUUUUCUUUUAUCGUGUGUGCCGUCUGUAUAGUUUUCGUUAGUUACAUCCUUGCUUGGCUUUAUAGAUAUUCGUUACGGUGGAUGGUUUUUCAAUGCAGAAUAAUAAUAAUUGGUUUUCACCAUUAUAAUUCUUAAAUGUAUGUUCAUUGAAUGUUAGAGGCUUAUCAUGGCAAGCUAAACGAAGAGAAAUGUUUAAUUGGCUCAGGGAGAAAAAUUUCCAUGUUUUUUUUUUUAUUUUUACAAGAGGUGCACUGUACGAAGGAAACCUGUGAUUUAUGGCAAAAUGAAUUGGGUUAUAAAGCUUUAUUUAGCUGUGAAAAUAGUCGAAGGGCGGGUGUGGCCAUUCUGUUUAAAAAUAAUUUCGAUUUCGUUUUAAACAAGGAUUACGCAGACCCAGGUGGUCGUUUUAUCAUUCUAGACAUUAAGACCACAGACUUAUGUUUUACGCUUGUUAAUCUUUACGCUCCAAAUAAGGAUGACCCCCUUUUCUUCCAAAAUGUUAAAAACCGAAUACUCGAAUUUGAUUGCGAUAACAUCAUCUUUGGUGGACAUUUUAACUUGAUUAAAAAUGCUAAAUUGGACAAGGAAGGUGGCAUUCUCGGCACCUCGCAAACGAAAGCGCUCACCGAAGUAGAAAAAAUUCAAAUUAACCUUGACCUAAGCGAUAUCUGGCGUGACCAAAUCCCCUUGACAAGAGAUUUACAUGGAGAAGGCGUAAUCCAUCUAUAUCCUGCCGACUUGACUUUUUUCUUUUAAGUCGUCAUCUCCAUGGUAAAGUGGCUAAGUCUGAUAUCGUAGCUGGUUACAAAACCGACCACUCUAUGAUAAGCCUCAGCUUGGGUCUUACCGAAAACAUCAGAGGCCAUGGGCUAUGGAAACUUAACUCCUCUUUCCUGAUAGACGAAGAAUAUUUAAAAUGCAUCAAGAAGGUCAUCCUUAAAACAUGUGACGACUACAAAGACGACAAGGAUGUGGAUGAUGCCUUGUUGUGGGAGAUGAUUAAACUUAAGGUUAGAGAGUUCACCAAUUUUUCACGGAAAAGAAAAAGCUAAGUCCAAGCGAACGGACGAAACCAAACAAUACUAUACGAUCACCUAGCUAGAGAAAAAAAAUUGAUGGCACUAUGUCCCCCAUUUUAAAAGGGGAAUUGGAGCAAAAACUGAUUGAGGCAAAAUAGACCUUGGAAAAAAUGUACGAAUAUAAAACCCAGGGAACUAUCUUACGGUCCAAAACCCGCUGGUAUAAUGAAGGUGAAAAAAAUUCAAAAUACUUUUUCAACUUAGAAAAACGUCACUUCAAGUGCAAAGUUAUAACUCAUCUUUGUCGAGCUGACAACACAACUUUAACAUCCGAUAAUGAUAUUCUCCAAGAAUGUGUUGACUUUUAUAGUAAACUAUACAGCAGCAGAUCAAUACACAAUGAAAGCGAUAAUCUCCGGUUUUUCACCGCAGAUGACAAUUUUGUGCGGCUCGACGAGGAUUCCAAAGCAUCCUGUGAAGGUCUUUUAAAUGUGAAUGAAUGUCUAAAUGCUCUCAAGACGAUGGAAGCAAACAAGUCGCCAGGCUCAGAUGGGUUUCCAGCAGAAUUUUAUAAGGUUUUAUGGAGUGACAUUGCCCCCUUUUUAGUGAAUGCUAUUAACUGCUCUUUUCAAAAAGGGCUACUAUCGGUGAUGCAGCGACAAGGUAUUAUUUCUCUUUUACCAAAGAAGGACAAAAAACCCUCUUUUUCUAAAAAAUUGGAGGCCAAUUUCUCUUCUAAACUGCGAUUAUAAAAGCGAUAGGUAAUCGAAUAAAGCGGGUUCUUCCUAAAAUUAUCAAUGGUGAUCAAAGUGGCUUCUUGAAGGGACGCUCUAUUGCAGAAAAUAUUUUUCUAAUUGACAGUAUUAUAAAUUACGCAGGUAAUAUGAAUAAACCUGGUUUAUUGAUGUUCAUUGACUUUGAGAAGGCAUUUGACUCGAUAGAGUGAGCUUUUAUAGAAAGAGCCCUUAACUAUUUCAAUUUUGGGCCCUCUCUAGUAAACUGGUUCGGAUUAUUUUAUAAUCAGGUCUCCAUUGCUAUCCAGAACAAUGGAUGGGUUUCGUAGAGCUUUUCUUUAGGUAGAGGGUUCAGGCAAGGUUGCCCGAUGUCGCCAUAUCUAUUUAUAAUAUCGGCCGAGAUAUUAGCCAACUUCAUUAGGAGAGAUAAAGACGUAAAAGGUUUUAUGACGGGUGAAGUCGAACACAAGCUAAGCCAAUUUGCUGAUGACACGACGUUGAUACUCGAUGGCUCAGAGGGCUCCUUUCGUAGAGCAAUCGAGGUUCUAGAUGGGUUUCAAGUGACUUCUGGCCUUAAGGUAAAUUCUGAGAAAACCAAAAGUGCUCUGGGUGGGUUCGGCAAAAAACAGAGGCCCUAUAGAGUGCUACAAGCCUGAUAUCUCCUGGGUGGAGCGGAAAGUCUUUGCAUUAGGUGUACGUGUGGUUCGCAACGGACAGAAACGUAAUGCUCCGCUCUAACUACGAUGAGAGGAUUGGGAAAAUAAAAAACGUUAUUGAAACAUGGCAAUUUAGGAGACUCACCUUAUUGGGAAAAAUCACUCUUAUCAAAACAGGGGCACCCAACGUCAAUUUUCGGAAAAUAUCUGUUCGGAAGAUGAUUUGAGAUCUAGAGUUUUCGGAACAUUUUUUGUCAAAUUUCUUGCUUUUGCCUGCCUCUCCUAGGAUUUUGAAACAUCUAAAACAUGGUAUAAUUGUCCAUUUUUUAACGGAUUUUUACCCUAAAAAGGUCACCUAGAAUUUUCGGGAAACUUUUUUCUAGCUGAAAUUUUCGAAAAGGUAUGUUUCGAUCCCCAUAAUUUUCGAAUCACUAGACUUUCAGCUAGGAAAUCCGAACAGAUAAAAAAUUUUUAGGGGGAUAAAAAUAUCCCUAUAUCUAUCGUUUAAAUACUAAAAUACGUUUAACAAUGCUAUGUUUAAGUGGUUUUGAACUAUAUUCUCGCUGGGUGCCCCUGUCAAAAGUCGUCUGGUCUCCCUACUCAUUUAUAUUGACUCCGCUCCCUACUUAUGCAAACGCACUGCAAACGGUCAACAAACUUCUUUUUGAGUUCCUUUGGGACGGUAAAGGCGACAAGAUUAAAAGAGAGCAUAUUAUAAGGGAUUAUGAGCAGGGUGGUUUGAGGAUGAUUGAUAUACAUACGUUCAAUAAGUCUCUCAAAGCAUCCUGGAUCAAGAAGUACUGCACUAACCGAUUUGCAUCUGACGGGAAGUCCUCUCUAAAUUUGCACCCUCUACCGCCAUUGAUCUCGUUCUUCUUAUUGGGAGUUAUCUUAUAUACUCGAGCAAACUUGCAGGUACGUCUCCCUCCAUGACUCUUUUUAACAGCAAACUAAAUUCCGUCAUUGAGAUAGAAAAACAAGAAGCACUCCGCUGUAAUUCUUUCACCGUCUUUUCGAACAAAUGGAAAUUUUUUCUUAUUUAAAUUUGUUGCUUGCACUUGUUACCCUCUAGCUAAUCGCUUUGACUUAGACAUGUGUCCUGCAAAGCUGAGCCAUCCACCGUCCACCGUUCACCGUCCUUUCCUUUUAUUGUAAGUAACUAAGCGAAUUCAAGCAUAAAUGUAACCUCAGCUAUUUUUAUGUUUGUUUCGUCAAGUUGUAAUAUGUAUACGUUUUGUGUGAUGUAAAUUUAGCUUAAAUAAUAAAUUAAAUAAAAAACUGGAAAAAAAAAAACAAUUUCGCCAAGUCUUUCCUAAACACUUUACAUGUCAAAUUUCAAAAUUAAAACAGUAACCUGAUUCUUACGGCAGGAAGAGUGAUAGAAAAAAUAAAGAAAGAAAGCAAAAAUAAAGUGGUGAAUUAUAUUUGUACAUGCAGUUUGUCCUAAACAGGGUAUGUAUUUUAAGUUGUUGUUGUUGUUGUUGUUGUCCCAUAAACAGGGUCAGGGCCUCAAACCCUCAGCGGCUCACCUCUACCCAGAUAUUGGACGAGUAACCCCCCCCCUUCCCCCCCCCCAAAGGGGGGAAUGUUAAGUGUCAGGUAGUUGAAAGCCGAAAUUAUAAUUCAGGUUUUUCUGUCUUGUUUUUCAGCGUCUAUGAAUAAUUUUGCUGCUACUUCCAAGUCGUUUAUUUUCUCCCUGGUGGACAAGGAAGGACUUGCACCAUUCAAGAGCAUGGUAAAACAUGCCAGGUCAUCAAAUGCUAUUUACUGUGGGCCAAGUUACGGUCCAACAUUUGGUUUGGUCGACAUACGCAUUGCUGAUAAUGCCAGUCAGAAUACUCAUUCCUACACUUAUUUUGGCCUCUAUUACUCUCUCCCGAAUGGAGUUUCUGACCGUCGUACAAUCCUGGCUGGAACCGAUAACUUUUCACCUGACGAGGUUGAGGUAUUUUAUCUCGCUUGA